AUGUGUUGCUCUAUCAAGUGCUGCAGAAUAUUUCUUGCUGUCGUUUCUGUCAUCAUUCUUGUUGUUGGAAUAGUAGUAUGUGUCUUUUCAGGUAUAAUAAAAAAUGAGUCAAUCUUUGACAGCAACGAUGAACUAAGAAUUGCUGGAAACUAUAUUUUCUAUAUCAUUCUUGCUCUUGGACUUCUAGUUGCAAUCUUCGGACUUUGUGGAUUCUGUAUGAUCAAGUGCCAUAAAAGAUGCUGCAACUGUUGCUAUGGGUGCUGGAUCUUGAUAUGUAGUUUUAUCUUUGGAGGUGUUGGAAUAUUUCUCUUUUACAUUGGAAACUCAGUGUGUUCUAAAUCUGAUGGAGAUUAUUUAUUCAUACUUAAUAGUAUCUCUAAUACCCUAAAAACUGUUGACAAUGAAAUAAAUGAAUGGAGUGCAGAGAAAUUCUGUACAAGUGAAUGCCCCUGCAGCUUAACUAUGCCUCUUUGGCAAUGGAAUGAAGACAGGUUGAAUGAAUUUUAUAGAACAAAGCAAAUAUCCUUCAAAAAGAACUAUUAAACAUACACAACUUUAAACGUGGUUUCUGGCGGAUACAAAAGCUUUUACCAGUGUUUGGAUUAUUAACUUAGUAGAGAUUCAAAAUACUAACUUUCACAUUUUACUCUCACACUUCUAAAAGAAAUUGAAAAUAUGUUUGACUGCAACGGUAUUUGUAAUCCUGGAAUUUUCUACUUCUAUAAAGAGCUAAAGGAGGGUCCUCCAACUAAAAGUUGUAUGGAUUCUCUAAGAUAAACGUUUAAAAAUAUCACUGUAAAUGUAGGUAUUACUCUCAUAGUCUCAUUUGUUUUCUGCGUCAUAGCAUUUAUAUCAUAGUAUUGGCUCUGUAGAUCUAUUCCUAAAGCUAAUCAGCAUCAUUAGCAAGCUUCUAUGCAAGAUGAAAGUAAAGAAGAAUUUAGAAACAAACACAUGCCUGUGAAUACAGCAGGAUAUCAAAAUAUAAUGCCAAACUAAGUGAUAAAUUACGGUCCUGAAGGUCCAACUCCAAGCUAUUUUUAUGGUGCUACUCCAAAUUACUAAAACCUAGACAAUUAAAUGAAUUAGGAGAACAAUCAAAGUAUGAACUAAAAUAAUAGCUAUGGUGUCUCAAAGCAGAUUUGA